ACCGCUUAGUUUUGACAGAUGUGACCGUUUGCUUACAAACACAGCGAGUUACAGUUCUACACAACCGUCCGAUCACAUUAAAUUGCAGGAUUUAUUUUUUCUAUUUUUAUUAUUAUUAUUUUUUUUGUUACACCGGAAAUAGUAACAUUUUAAGUUCGCCGAAAGUUGAAAGGAGAAAGUUGAACGCUAUGGAUUUGGAAGGGCUGCUUGGGACUUUGGGUGCCGGCGGGGCAGUGUCUGCCGCCAAUGCACUGUCUCUGCCUGCAGAAUCCUAUGGGAAUGAUCCUCAACUGGAACUGAUGUGGGCUAAGAAGGCAUAUGACCACGCUGAAAUCUAUUUUAAUCUCAUCUCAUCAGUUGAUCCCAGAUUCCUUAAGCUCACAAAAGUCGACGACCAGAUCUUCACUGAAUUCAAGAAGACCUUCGGUGACAUGAAUAUCAACGUCUUAAACCCAGAUGAUCUCAAAUCGGAAGAAGCCAAACAGAAGUGGAGGCCAUUCUGUCUCCAGUUUGACGGAAUUGUAGAAGACUACAACUACGGCACAUUGCUGCGACUGGACUGCCAAAAAGAUUAUACCGAGGAGAACACGAUUUUUGCCACCAGGAUCCAGUUUUUUGCAGUUGAAAUCUCCAGGAACAGAGAGGGCUACAACAAUGUUGUCUACGAGUCCGCUUCCAAAAGCAAGAACCAGAAACGGAGCUGAUCCCUGUCCUCGAGAACUUUUCUCAAGCGACCUUUUUGACAAAGACGUUUCUAGGAGUUCAUUCUGAAAGAAACAGGUGCAAUGCUUUGCAUGAAAUCCCAGAGUUGCAAAUUAGUAGCUUGCAAUUCUUUUUCAAAUCAGUGGACUUCAAAGUGUUUACCGCCACGCCAAGUUAAAUAUAUAUUUUUUUUCUUUUAGGAAGAAAACAAAACAUUGUUAGAAACUAAGUUAACUCCCUAUAAUAUGUCCAAUUGAACAAUAUAAUACUGUGUAACAAAAAUGUUUGUUUUUUUUGUUCCUGGGUAGUAAGUGUUAU